AUGCCGCCUCAUCAUCGUCUUGGAGAGAAGAAACGGUAUCAUUACGGAGGUGGUCCUUCUGGACGAUAUGGCUCUUUUUCGUCAGGACAAGAGGGUUCUGGGAGUGGUAGCAGUGGUUCUAGACAUUCGCGAUAUGAUCCCAAUGCUACAGUACGAGGCCCGCAUUCGUCCCGUCCCAGCUCACGAUUCAAUCCGAACGUAUCAGUGACGGACACUAAACGUGGGUCUACAGAUGGAAACGCGAGCAACGCCAAUGGGAGCCGAAAUGGACCCAGUAACAGUACGCACGGUAAUGGCGUUACUAAUGCGAACACCAGUGCUGGCGUCAGUCCCAGUGCUAGUAACAGUACCAGUAUCAGUCCCAGUACGAGUCACAAUCACAAUACCAUUACUAACCCUGUGAAUGCCAGUUCUACGAGUAACAAUACAAAUUCAAAUUCAAAUCACCAUGUUAAUAGCAAUGCACCAGCAUCUGCAUCUUCGUCUUCCAGAUGGGCGGGCUCUCAUAGCCGAUAUAAUCCACAGGCUGGCGUUUCCGUAACGAAUAACACACCAGCGUUGUCCACAUCUUCUGCACAAGGGGGUCCAGCAACAGCUCCUUCCGCCAGCACGAGUGGUAGUCCGUAUUAUCCUUCAAACACUCUAAAUGGUUCUAGCAAAUAUUCGUACGUUUCUGGUAGAUCACAACGACCAAGAAGCUCUUUUGAUACAUUUCCCCCCAACGCUUCAGCAGACUUAUACGAUAACAGCACGAAACAUGCUUUUUCUGGCGCUAAAACGGCAAUGAGUGGUAGCUCUGCCUCGAUACCGGGUGGAAAUAAUCUCAAUAACAGCUUGGGAAGCAAUUCAAGAAAUUCUUACUGGGGCAACAGAGGUUCCAGGAGUGGUGGGAAAUACCACUCGGGAUCAAGGUAUAAUGGUUUCAGGAAAUAUCCCUUUGAUUAUGGAUUUCACGAUAUGCCGGACAUUCCAAAGUCGAAAAAAUCAUUUGAUACUUCAUCGCAUCCUUCAAAAUCAAGCUUAAUCAACUCUGUUCCACAAACCACUCGGAAAGUGGAAGAACAGGUCUCGCAUAAUCACAAAAGAAUAGAUAUUAGUGCAGAGGAAUAUACUGGAGAUAGCGACACUAGGUCUUAUAGUAGCUUUCAAGAAAAAACUGAUGGGCAAGAUGAAGGUUCGGAGCUUGAUGAUGAGUCUCAAAUGUACGAUAUGAAUAAUAAUGGUACACCUACUACGGAUCGUAAGCAGGAAAGCUUUAGUUUACUUGAAAACAAAGACAACAAAGCUAAAAAUACAGCUCAGAAAGAGGAAGGGCGUGAAAGUAGACAACAGUCGCCUCAUACUGUAAUGAAUGAUGAUUCUAAUGUAAUGUUAGAUGUAUCAGAUAAUACCAAGAAAUCAGAUAAAAUAGACGAAGAAUAUGAUGAUGAACCGAAGAAGACUUCAGUGGUUGAUAAUGAUGUUCCAACUUCGAUAAACAACAAUGAUGAAAAAGAGGACUCACAUGUUACUGAAAAGGAUGAUUUCGAUGAAGAAGAUGCAGAGAAACUACUCGAGAACUCUCUUCAAAAUUUAACAGGUCCAUUGGCUGAGAAACAACAUAUACCACCACAAGAUUAUAUUUCAAAGGCAGAACCUUAUCCAACACCAAUCCAUCCUAUAGAAGAAUGUAUAUUCCCGAUGCAGGAGCCUCAGAUGAAACUCUGGAUGUUAAAGAAUAAACCAAGAGCAGAUAGAAUCAAGAACCAAAAGUAUCUUUUGAAAAAACCUGUUCAAUAUCUUUUUGAAUAUCCUUUCUUCACUAAAGCAUGGAUUAUACAUGAACAGGCUGUCAAGCCCGUUGUUAUCAAGAAUCUAGCCGAGAUAAAACGAUAUGAAUAUCUCAGAAAAUUACAGUUGAAGGAUCAAUUUUUCAAGCUUGAAAACGAAUGGACUAAGAAAUGUGAACGUAUGUCAAAACUCAGUGAAACUUUGCACAGAACAGACUCAGAAGAGGAUCAUAAAAAACAUACAAACGACAAUAAAGUGCAAGAAAAUACUAAUGGAGAAACUGAUAGACGUCCUACAAGUUCUCGUAGAAGAAAUAGAGCGGAUUUUGUUGAUGAUAACGAUAUUGAAAAUGUUUUACUUCAAAUUGAUCCUGACUAUAAGCAUCAUCAACUUGCAGCUACGAUUCCUCCAAUGAUUAUCAAUCCAGUGGAAAAAUUUGCCUGUCUUUUCAAAGAUGUUAAUAACCUUGUAACGGAUAAAGAUAAGUGGGCUAGCAGAGUUUUAUCCGAUGGGAUCGACACAUUUACUCCUUAUGAGCACGAACUUUUCAUAGAAGGUUAUCUAUCAUAUCCAAAGAAAUUUGGAAAAAUUUCUCACUAUAUGGGUAACCUGAGAACACCAGAAGAGUGUGUUCUACAUUAUUACAGGACUAAGAAAACAAGCAAGUACAAGAAAUUGUUAUUGGAAAAACAUAAGAAGCGGAAAGCAAGUAUAGGACGUCGUAAGAAGGAAAAAGAUAAGACAGAAGCCAAAAGGAAGGAAGAUGAUGAAAAGGAAACAAAGAAAAGUGAAACUGAGCCUUCAGAAACAGCAACCUCGACUGUGGAAAAGAACUUAUCGGCUGAAGAAACAGAAAAGGCACCUGCUCUUGCACCAAAAAUAGAAUCACCGCCAUUAGUAAAGCCAAUUGAAGAGGUUCCUCCUUCUCAACCUGUGCCUGUAGCAGCGUCAGUGUCUGUGAAUGAAAAUUCUACGUUAAAUACAAAUGUUACAGAAGGAGAAACUGAAACUGAGGUAAAGAAAGAAUCUGAUACAGAAUCUGAAAAUGAGGUAACCACUGAUGGUGAUUCUGUACUUAAGCAACAACUCGUUGACGCAGAGGAAUCACUUCGUGAAACAGCUACUCCUCAAACAGUUAUUCAUCAACAAUCAUUGCCCCACCAUGAUGAAGUUAUUGCAGAAGGAUCUCAAGUGGUAGAGAACGUAACGGCUAAUGUUGUAGGACAGGAUAAUGACUCUGAAAAAGCGAUAUCUUCAUCUAAUGAUUUGGAUAAGGCUGGCUCUCAUCCAAAGGUUGAUGGCGAUUCAGAAGGUGUACUAAAACACCCGCUAUCAGAACAACAAUUAGCUAAUCAUACGGAACAGCCAAUGAAAAAGAAGAUAAAACAAUCUGAUAUCAAUCAUAAAUCUAGCUAUUGGAGUGUGCAAGAAUCAAAGAUGUUCCCUGAAUUGGUGAAAGAGUUUGGCUCUAAUUGGACUGCUAUUUCUCAAAAGCUUGGGACUAAAUCAACAACCAUGGUCAAGAACUACUUCCAGAGAAAAGCUGGUCAAAAUGGAUGGUAUGCGCUUGUGGAAAUGGGAAACAACAAUCAUAACCAUAAUCAAUCGAACUCAGGAUUAUCAACAACUGCAACGAGUGAUCAAGUGAAUAAACCAGUCGCAAUUGCUCCUGCACCUGGUAAUGUUGGUAACAUUGCUACUUCAGCACCAUCAACGGGUAGUGGUCAGGGGCUCAUUAACAUGCCUAGAUCAUCCAAUCUACCAUUUGGUACGGCGAAUAAUGAAAGAUCUAAUAUGGGCUUGAAUGAAUUGCCAUCUGUGACACAACAGCAACAGCAGCAGCAACAGCAACAGCAACAGCAACCACAGCAUCAACCACAGCAACCUCCAGUGGGAUAUUUCUCCGACAACGGCUUACCUGCUAUUCACUCACCAGCUUUUACACUAACUAGAAACGAAGACAGCUUCUCUAAUUUGCCAACGCCUACACAAGGGUUACCUGUGCAACACAUGCCGGCAAUAUCGUCGUUUAAUACGCAUAAUAUGUUGCCUAAAUUGAACGCGGGAACUAUUCAUUCGGAGCCACAAAUGCAAUUGCCAGUACAAAAGAACAUUGCAACUGGUAGUGACUCUACUAUGAACAAGCCACAGGGUGCUUCCGUUCACUUCCCUCAUAAUAUCGUGGGAAAUACCGGUAAUAGUGUAACUCAAUCCUAUACUGUAGCGCCAAGUCGCAGAUCUUCUAUUAGAAGCUUGUUGAAUGAUGGUGAAGACUCCAAACCAACUCGUAGUGCAACUCCCCCAAACAUUACACCCACGGUAUCGAGUACUACUUUACCAGCACUGAGACCGAUGAGCACUACGUCUGCUAUGCCGUUACAAUCCAUUGCGCCUUCUAGGUCUACGGAACCUGUAGCCUCGAAAGUAAUUGUUCAAGAAUUAUCUCACACUAAGACAUACACUAAUGCCAACUUAACCCAUAAUGCUGUCCCUCAAAACAUCGCACCAAUUCAGAACACUCAAUUGUUGCCUGUUCCUUCAGUAUCAUCGAUAAACUUCGCAAACGAUCCACUAGCAGCCCUAGCAGCAGUAGCUUCAUCUACUGAAGCGUUUGGUCUGGUACCUGCGGCUCCACCAAACAACCAGCAUCAGCAUCAUCAAUCCAUUAAGCAAAAUAACACCGAUAGCAACGGUCACAUUCACUGA